AUUUUUGUUCUAAUUAUGAGCACUGUUUUCGUAGGGGAAAAGGAGGGGGUUAUAAGGCAGAUCUGAGGCUGAGCCGCUAGCUGGGCGAGGAUGCUCCGUGGAGGCGUUACUAAGGUUACUAGAGAGAGGAUCGCAGGUGACAGACAGGGGUGUUUUUUGUUUUUCUGUUUUGUUGUUGUUGUUUUUCUAUAGCCAGAUACAUUUUCCAAAGAAGGAUGUGGACUGGGCAGUGCCACAUUGUACUACAUGUUGGACUCCCUAAAGGGAAAAGAAGAUGGCUCAAAGGAAAAAUGAAGGACCAAAGCAGGGAGCCUCUGCUUCCUCUUCCGGCCCUUUUCUUCCGCCGUCCUUGUUUACCCCGAGCCGUUCUAGCUGCAGCACACCGUCGGCACGCCGGAGAAGGUGUCUUGUAGAUGUGACACGCCUCUGAGCCGGGCCGGAAGCGGUUCCCAGCCGGUACCCGUAGGGACAGGCGUACAGCGGGCGGUGGCUGUGGCGCGGGCGGCGACGCUGCGUGGCUCUGGAGGACCGGCGCGGACCUGCAGCGGCUCGCUGAGGCCGUGGGUCGUCGCUGCAGCUGUCAGGACUCUUGGGGCGAACUUGCCAGACAGAGAGGAGCGGAAGGGAAGGGGUGUGUAAGGAGAGCCGUGGGCGUAUUUGGUAUCAGAGAGGACUUUGAAACUGGUUCCUCCUAGGAGUUGAUUCUAAUUUUUAUUUUGACAGUUUCGGGAGGCAGCAGAUGCCCCAUUCUCGAGCUUUCCUUAACUCCAGUCGAUUGGUAGCAUGAUUUGAGUGAGAGCUUUUUAGUGAAGCUACUGAGUUAGGAUAGGUCAUGGGAUGGAUGAAGCUGCCAGAGGAAAAAGAAAUGGGCAUUCGGAGCAGGGAAGUGGAUCACGGAUGAGGGGGUCAAGAUGAUCUGCUAGUUCGAUUUACAGGUUUUACUGUACUGGAUACCGUACCCAAACUCUUUAAGCUCGACGUCUUACUCCUGCGACGUCCGGACUUCUUUACAUAACCUUUAUGUUAACCUUUACAUAAGCGGGGAAGCCGAGAAGAUUCUGCAAAGCUCCAGGCCCCACACUGCGGGUUUUCCUCCAUCAGCUAUGAAGCAAGUGAGGAUAGAGAUGCAUGGGCAUGGGGGCUAUGACUCUGAUUUUAGUGAUGAUGAGCAAGGUGGAGGAUCCAGCAAAAAGAGGAAGAAGACAGUUGAAGAUGAGUUGCUGCUUACAAAACCAUUUCAAAAAGAAAAAUAUGGAAAGGUGGCCCAUAAACAAGUUGCUGCAGACUUGCUGGACAGGGAAGAAGCAAGAAAUAGAAGGUUUCAUCUCAUAGCUAUGGAUGCUUAUCAAAGGCACACAAAGUUUGUAAAUGACUAUAUUUUGUACUAUGGUGGCAAAAGAGAGGACUUUAAGCGGUUGGGGGAGAAUGAUAAGACAGAUCUGGAUGUUAUACGAGAAAAUCACAGAUUCCUAUGGAAUGAGGAGGAUGAAGCAGACAUGACUUGGGAGAAGAGACUUGCAAAGAAAUACUAUGAUAAAUUAUUCAAGGAAUAUUGCAUAGCAGAUCUCAGUAGAUACAAAGAAAAUAAGUUUGGAUUUAGGUGGCGAAUAGAAAAAGAAGUAAUUUCAGGAAAAGGCCAGUUUUUUUGUGGAAAUAAGUGUUGUGAUGAAAAAGAAGGUUUGAAGAGCUGGGAAGUCAACUUUGGUUAUACUGAGCAUGGUGAAAAGAGAAAUGCGCUUGUUAAGUUAAGAUUAUGCCAAGAAUGUUCCUUUAAAUUAAAUUUUCAUCACAGGAGAAAAGAAAUCAAGUCCACAAAAAAAAGGUCUAAAACCAAGACUGAGUCUGACGAGUCACCUCAUAAGAACUCCAGAUCCUCAUCUUCAGAGGAGGCCUCCCAGGGGAAGGAUGAAGGACAUUCAUCCUCGAAAAGGUCAGAAGAUUCUAGAAACACUGGAGCAGAGUGACUGAAGCCCUUCUGAGAUAUGCAGACCCUGGUGCUCAUUUACCUUUCCCUGGCAACUUUGAGAGAGGAGUCUCCUGCGGGAUUAGAAACAUCGUUUUAAACUUUUGUCUGUGGUAGAAAAAAAACUUCUAUUUUUAAGUUGUAAAGGUUUAUUUUUAUUAUUUUUUACAUUGUAUAUGUGCGUAUAUCUGCUCUAGCUUGAAGCGCAGAAAUGGGCAGUGGCUCCCUGGAGCCGGAAUAUAGAAUGGCGAGGGCGUGCGGCUGCUGGAAGCCAACCCAGGCUCUUGGCAUGAGCUGCAUCCGCUAUGAGCAGCAUUCAGAGCAGCAUCCGCUUCGCAUGCUGUGCCGCCUCUCCACUGCUGGCCUCCCUCCGUCUUUAAAAGAUACUAUUUUUAUUAUUUAAACAUUUUAAUGUACAAAUUUAUUUUGAGACAAGUUCAAGCUAUUCUUGGCUUUCUAAUCUUUGUGUCUCACUCUCCCAAAUUUCUAGAAUUACAGGCAAAUGCCUUCAGGCUCUCUCUCAGUUACUCAGUAGAUGCCCUGAGAAGAGAGCGCUCACGGAAAUUAUUCAAGGCUAAAUAGUUAAUGUCAAAGAUGGGUUAGAUACAAGCUUAUAGUCCCCAACUCAGUGCUUCCUUACCCUUACUGUCAAUAACUGUUCACUGUCAGGAGUCAAAUGGGAGCAUUUUGCUUACAUUGUAAUAGGUAGGUAGGUAGGUAGGUAGGUAGGUAGGUAGGUAGGUAGGUAGAUAGAUAGAUAGAUAGAUAGAUAGAUAGAUAGAUAGAUAGAUAGAUAGAUCCAUCUUAAAUGAUUGAUUUGUCCCUGUCUUGCUUCUUUUGUAGAAUGGGUAUAAACAGGUCAACCUUAUUGAAUUAUUGUUAAAAGAGAAGAUAUACACAAAAAGUCAGUUAUACACAAAGGAAAUCCUUGAUAACCUGUAACUGUUGCAAUGCCAACAAGAAGAAAAAUGCCAGACACUAAACAGUCUGUAUUUGCUCUCUGAAUUGAUCAGAUGGAAAGUUAAUACCUGACCAUUUAUUAUGGUUAUUAGAGACAUUUACCACCCUCAGUCGAGUGAGUUUUAGUUUUCAUAUAGUAUCCACCAAAUGCAAGCAUCUGGGAAAAUCCAAAGCAUUUAAGCACCAUACACUGAGGAGAUCUUUGAAGGCUGAAGCAGGUCAGACACAGAGCGCCAGUAUGUUACGAGAACUGCAGUUGUGCCGUGGGAAGAAUGUUGGCGAACUGUGGAUAUUUAGUUUGGAGAAAGGUGAAGGACUAGGAGAAGGCAAGCACGAGGGAGGGGGGACAUAAAACUUGGAGGUGUUUGGAGGCUGUCACUAGAUGGGAGGUGUAUUUCUGUUGACUGGUUCAUAAAACUUGAGUCUGUAGAUAAAAAGAGCUUAAAAACACAUUUUGGCCUCAAUUUAAGGAAAACUGCCUCUUGGAAUUCUCUGGCAAAUGGAAGUGGUCUGUCCCAGGAGACAGCUUGGAUGCUACUUAUUAUUGGAAGUGUUACAGUGGCUGGGUUCACUUCGCAGGCAGAGUUGGCUGAGCAGACCCACAGAGACCAGUAGAGCAGCAGGCUGCGGCUCAGCAGAUACAGGCUGUUGCUGCCAAGCCUGAUGACCUGAUUUGAUCCUUGGGACUCACGUGUCCUCUGACCUGCACACAUGCAUUAGGUGUUCACAUUAUAUCACACACAUGAAAGUGAAGAGAAGGAAAGAACUAAUUCUUGCCCAUACUUACUGCAGACUUGGCAGUGAGGCUGUAAGAAGCCGUUGUGUAUUGACCGCUCUACCUGUCAUUCCUUAGCAGUACCCUUUGCUCACCCUGGCAGAUGGAUGGUUGUAGUUGUAACUGUUUGUACUGACUCUCACCCUCAGGGAAUCGGGAAGUUUUAGACUCAGGGUGGAAGGAACUUAUCAUUUAGUCUAUUCCUAUAGAUUUGAUUUUCUUAGGUAACAGCCGCUUUUCCAAUGGAUACUUCGCCAAAGGAAUUUAUUUUAAGAUGAUUUAACUAUUUAAAAGUAAAAUUGCAUUAUCUGGUAAUAGAAAAUUGAUGAACAAUGGACGGGGGCAAUAGUCCAUUUGGUACAGUGCUUCCAUGAAAGCAAGAGGUACUGAAUUCAGCCCUCAGAGGCCACUUUAAAAACUGGGCCAAGGUCAGCUCAGUGGGUGAAGGUGAAGGACAUUUUAAUCCCUGGAACCCAUGUGGCAGUGGGAUAGAACUGCCUCCCAUAACUUGUCUAGCUCCAUACUGUGUCUUGCAUUGCACCCCUGCAUGCACCUAUAUAAAAAUAAGUGGACAAUAAGUGGUCCAAGUAUGGUAGCAGACAUUUUCAAUCCUAGAGCUGGGGAGGGAGGGACAGGCAGAUCUUUGCGGCCUUAUCAGGAAGCCUCACCUGUUUAGUGAGUUCAAGGCCAGUGAAAGACCCCUUCUGUGGACAAUACCCAAGGAAUAACACUAGAACCUUUGGCCUCCAUGUAGACGUGCAAACACUGUGCCUGUGCAUACCACACACAUAGUCAAAUACACUUAUACAGAGAGAGGAAAGUAGUGUAGGAAAGCUGACUUGUGGAAAGUAUUCUUCAGAGGGAAGAGAGUGAACGCCAGAGCCGUUUGCAGUGUGUGACUUUACAAUUAGCUGCUUGUUUCAAAGGCCAUGUAGGCUCUGCUCUCUGACAUCUGUACAGAAUGCUGCACAGAUAACUUCAUUAGGCAUAAUUGGGUUUUCUGUUCAUUCUUAUCUCAGGGAGUGGAAGAUUUUAUUCUUUCUUUUGUUAUUAGUUCAGGACCCUGGGAACUGUGGGUGGCUGUCACAGAACAGGACUCUUCCUCCAAGACUUUACUGUUUCAUCAUCAUGUGUACAUAGCUCAUUAGACACCGCCUCCCCCGCUGUUUGUUAAAGUCGGUGCCACAACAGGCUCAGUUAGGAUCAACGUGCAGGCGUCCACAUUGAUCAAGGGUCAGAGUACAGCAGGUAAAAGGCUAGAACCACCGUGGCAGAUCAAUGUGGCUUUAUUUUUGUUCUCUGCUGAACUGAGGGACAUUCUGUUCUGGCAAGCCAAAUCUGAGUUAAGUCAGAACUCUACAGGGGAAUUAUCUCUUAUUACGUCAUUCUAGAUUUAGCAUCUUUCCUUUAAUCAUAUGGAAGUUGUGUAAGUUAAGGUUUGUAAAGAGUACACUAUGCUAGGAUGAACACAUCAAGAACUAAGCUUCUGUGUGAGACUGUGCUGUUACAUUUGAAAAAGUAUUUGUCAGACAUUUUGUAGAAAUAAUGCUUAUUACUUUAAUUAGAGAAACUUACUCUGAGAAGAAGAGGCUUUCUCAGACAUUGUUCAGAAGAAUAGAAACUGUAACCUUUCUUCUGGAGGAAAACCUGACCUUGUUACUGAGUUUAGAACACGUGUGGUGGCCAGUGAUGCUGCUUUUGGAAUUUGAUAUUUUAUUUGGAAUAGAUAAGCACCUCAGAUAAACAUGGACAGAAAUGCAAACUUUGCAACAAGAAGAACAGCCAGGCUGGACGGUGCGCCCACUGUGGAGCUCUUAGCAGCAAGUUUAAGACCCUGGGUUUAGCCACCAGACUGCUCCCCACCCUCACCCCAAUAAAAAUAAAAGUAGGAAACAGCCUACAUCCCCACCAAUCAGGAGUUAACGAUCAGUUAGUCAAAUUCUAUACAACUGUAUUUGUUUUGUUUUGUUCGUUUUUUUAAAGUUUUCAUGGGGCUAAGAUGGCUCUGUGGUCACAGCACAUAUUGAUUGGUCUUGGAGAGAAUCCAAGUUCAGUUGCAGGCACCUUCAUUAGGAGAUCUGACACCUCAGCCCUCUGCAAACACCUGUACAUAACAUAUGCAUCAUUAAAAAUAAAAUAAAUUCUAGAAAAAAUCUCAGAAUAAAAACUUUGACAUAUUUAUAUGUAUUGUCAAGGAAAACUGCCUGUGCUAUCUUAAAUAUUUCAUAGUUACAAAAUUAUAUGCAAUAUAAUCUAAUUAAUCUAAAAAGGUAUAUGUUAUAUACAUACAUGUAAACUUAGGUAUCAUAAGUUUAUAAAGGCCAACAAAACUACAAAAGUGAUUGUAUUACUUGUGGCUUGGGAUAACUUUUCCUUAGGACUUCAAACAUUUCCAAAUUGCUUUUAUUUGAGACAGUGACAUUGUGUAUCACCUCUAAAAUCACUAAAGAUAAUAUAUUUCUAUUUUUGAAAUAUAACAAAAUAGGCUUCAUAUGAAUCAUCUAAUGCUCAACUAAAAUUUAUUCAGUAUUGGCUAAUGUAGUGUCAGGUAGACAAACUAUCCCAUGAUGUAGUUACAUCAGUAAGUGACUCCUCUCCAGUGACAACCCAUAGCCUAAGGAGCUGUUCUUGAGUUAGGUCCUUGUACAUCUGUGUUCUCUACAGAAGUCUCCAUUUCAUUUCCGUUGUGUGAUCAAGGAAGUCACUAAGUCAGCUGCUACUUUACUGUGACAUUGUUCAUAAGAUAUUCGUUGCCCGCCCUUUUUGCUGAAGCUGUGGUUUUUUUCAUAUUGUUUAAUUUUUAAAAUUUACUGUAUCUGGAGGAAUAUGUUAAACUUUAUGGAAUCUUAGAAGUUGAAGCUAAAUUCCUGCUAUAUUCAUAGUUAAUUUAAUUGCACUGGUAAAUAAUUCAAAAUGUGUUCUGUUAAAAACAACGACAACAUUUCCUUCUAAAUGAGCAGGAAACGCUGGUGAGGAAGACAGUGCUUCAGACUCUGAGCUCUGGAAGGGUCCAC